AUGACCCAGCCAUCCACACAACCGCAGCUCACUCCACAGUUUUGUUUCUCUUAUGGAACACUUCGAGACUUCCUGCGACUCUCGAGAUCGUCGAUCGACGACUCCAUCACGCAGAGCCUCAAUGCUCUAGUGACCCCUUCUCGAUCCGGGUUCGAUCCCUCCUCCACCUCCCAGCGCUCCCCGAGGCCCAUUUCAAAACAGAUUGACUCCCAGACAUGCUCGGAGUUUAAAGACAAGGUGCUGUUCCCGUCCUGGGAGGCGAGAGCCGAGGUCUUGAGCUACUGCGCUCUUGUGGCCGCGAGUCCAGACCCCGACGACCCCGAUCGAACACUGAGGGAGCUUGAGAAAGAGAAGGACCGCGAGCGAGUAGUUGAUGAGCGAUUGGACCCAUACUCUGGCAGAUUCUUCCCACGAGAGGCGCGCACCGAGCGCCUGGCUUCGCUUGUCCGACAAGAGAGAGGCGUGGAAAACAUCGUACGACAUAGAACCUGGGAGGUAAUACAACAACGAUGUGGCGGUGAUCCGUUCGACGGCUGGGAGGAUGCUAUCAGCAUCUGGAAGAAGGAACGAAGCUCGAAGCCACCAGUACAGUCAUGA